AUCGCUCUCCAGAGGAACAGAGGAGUCAUAGCUAGGAACAAGGUCAUACUAAGUUAUAAUUGGCCCAGCCACCACAACUGCGAAACCCAAUGCAUACCCCAAACCGAAGUCUAUGGAAAUUGAAGACGGCCUCCAGAAUAUAUAUUCACGUACGAAGCUGUUGUCUACCCGCUACUAGCAUCAUCCGCAGUCUUGAUUAUGGGUCCCAUAUUCCUUCGCAGAUACUUUGGCCUUCUCCACUCUGCCGUUAAAAGGCAACCGAUACAAUCCCUAAAGCACACGUCUCCCCCACGCACCCAAUUCUCACGUCCGGUCCCAUGCAAAUAUUGCAAACCCCAACCAUUCUCAAGGUUCGCACGGUACCAUGACGGAAAGUGGUUCUGCAGCUGCAACCUCCCAGCGAUCUGGAAACAAGUUAAGAAAAGGGGCCAUUUUGAGGGAAUGACAUUCCUAAGAUGUCCGAAAGAGAUGGGCAAGCAGUGUGAUUUCAUUCUAUGGAAGGACCAUGAGAGUGGUGCUAGGGGGUUGUUUAAGUAAGCACAGCUGAAGAGGAGCAAGGCAAAGAUGAACGAAAUUGUAACCUGUUGGGUGCAUUUAGUCUUCCUAUGUAUAUCUGUAGUGCUAAGUCUGCUCGUGCUGAGCGUUUA